AUGGCUAUUUUGAAGGACUAUCAGUGGUACCACCAAAUAAAAACCAAGAGGACAUGUGAGCAAGAAGCCUCAGAGCAAAGGAAGCCACUUGGUGCAUGCAGGUGGCAGACCCCUCCUAAAUUUAAUUGGAAGAUGAGCAGGAAAGAGCUGUCUCACAAUCUUAAAUGGGAGAAUAAUGAGCAAAGUCCUAUUGAAGAUCCCUUGCAGAUGGACAGUACAAGUGCUGAUGGUCUCCAGGAGGACCCAACAGGGAAGCCAAUCAAAGCAGGAAUCAAACCAUUUCGGGUUCCAUUCAACAGGUCUAUAUCUGAACCUGAGCCCCACUGGAGAAAUAGAAGUUCAAAAACAUUUCUGCACCCAGCGCAUUCAGUUGAUUGUGAGCAGCAGGGAUAUUUCAUUCGUGGUAUCUUCUCAACGCUGUCAAGUGGUUUUUCUAAGAUGUUGAACCGAAAAGAGGAGCUCAAUAGUGAGGCAGGGAAUGAAUGCAGGACAGAUGGUGAUCAGAGUGAUUUGAGUACAGAUGUGAAAGGGCCAGCUACUCACAGACUCUCCUGUGGCCAGUCUCCCUGUGCUGAAAGUACAACAUGGGAGAGAAAGUACUGCAUACUGACAGACAGCCAGCUGGUGCUGCUCAACAAGGAAAAGGAGGUGUCUGUCGAGGGGGUACAGGAUCAGCAGGUAGAAGCUGCAAAAGGGCGGUGCCUUCGACGUACAGUAAGCGUCCCUUCCGAGGGUCAGUUUCCUGAGUAUCCACCAGAGGGAGCCACUAAGCUCGAAGUCCCAGCAGAGAGAUCUCCUCGCAGACGGAGCAUCUCAGGGACCAGUACAUCUGAGAAAACUAAUUCCAUGGAUGCUUCGAACACCUCUCCUUUCAAAGUGCCAGGCUUCUUCAGUAAACGUCUGAAAGGCUCCAUCAAGAGGACAAAGAGCCAGUCAAAGCUGGACAGGAAUACAAGCUUCCGUCUACCAUCUCUCCGUAACGCUGAUGACAGGUCACGUGGCUUGCCAAAGCUGAAAGAAUCUCGUUCCCAUGAGUCUUUACUGAGCCCAGGUAGUGCAGUGGAGGCACUGGAUCUUGGGACAGAAGAGAAGGUCUUUGUCAAACCACUUCAUAGCAGCAUCCUGGGACAAGAUUUCUGCUUUGAGGUAACCUAUUCCAGUGGCAGUAAAUGUUUCAGUUGUUCCUCUGCAGCAGAGAGAGACAAGUGGAUGGAAAACCUACGCAGGACAGUGCAGCCUAAUAAGGACAACUGUCGUCGAGCUGAGAAUGUGCUCCGCCUCUGGAUCAUUGAGGCAAAGGACUUGGCCCCCAAGAAGAAAUAUUUUUGUGAGCUGUGCCUUGAUGAUACACUGUUUGCCCGCACCACCAGCAAAACAAAAGCGGACAACAUCUUCUGGGGUGAGCACUUUGAGUUCUACAGUCUCCCACCUCUCCACAGCAUCACGGUGCACAUCUAUAAGGAUGUGGAAAAGAAGAAGAAAAAAGACAAGAAUAAUUAUGUAGGCCUGGUCAACAUCCCCAUGGUCAGUGUGACUGGGCGUCAGUUUGUGGAAAAGUGGUAUCCAGUCAGCACACCUACCCCCAAUAAAGGGAAAUCUGGGGGGCCUUCAAUUCGGAUCAAGUCUCGAUACCAAACCAUCACCAUCCUGCCUAUGGAGCAGUACAAGGAGUUUGCAGAGUUUGUCACCAAUAAUUACACCAUGUUGUGCUCUGUUCUGGAGCCGGUGAUCAGCGUGAGGAACAAGGAGGAGAUGGCCUGUGCUUUGGUGCACAUUCUUCAAAGCACUGGGAGAGCCAAGGACUUUUUGACAGACCUGGUGAUGUCAGAGGUAGAUCGUUGUGGGGAACAUGACGUCUUGAUCUUCAGGGAGAACACACUUGCUACCAAAGCCAUUGAAGAAUACUUAAAACUAGUAGGCCAGAAAUAUCUUCAUGAUGCACUAGGAGAGUUUAUCAAGGCUUUGUAUGAGUCAGAUGAGAACUGUGAAGUUGAUCCCAGCAAGUGUUCUUCAAGUGAAUUAACUGAUCAUCAGAGCAACCUGAAAAUGUGCUGUGAGCUAGCCUUCUGCAAGAUUAUCAACUCUUACUGUGUUUUUCCUCGUGAGCUGAAGGAGGUGUUUGCAUCAUGGAAGCAGCAAUGCUUGAGCCGGGGCAAGCAGGAUAUCAGCGAACGCCUGAUCAGUGCCUCGCUCUUCCUCCGUUUCCUGUGCCCAGCUAUCAUGUCCCCAAGCCUCUUCAGUCUCAUGCAGGAAUACCCUGAUGACCGCACAUCCCGAACACUGACACUCAUUGCUAAAGUCAUUCAGAACCUCGCCAAUUUUGCUAAGUUUGGUAAUAAAGAAGAGUAUAUGGCCUUCAUGAAUGACUUCCUGGAACAUGAGUGGGGGGGGAUGAAACGCUUCCUGCUGGAGAUAUCCAACCCAGAUACCAUCUCAAACACGCCUGGGUUCGAAGGCUACAUUGACUUGGGCAGGGAGCUGUCUGUUUUACACUCCCUCUUAUGGGAGGUUGUGUCCCAACUUGAUAAGGCGACCGUGGCAAAACUGGGACCUCUUCCUCGUAUUCUUGCUGACAUCACCAAGUCAAUGACCAAUCCAACACCGAUACAGCAGCAACUGAGACGUUUUACUGAGCACAGCUCUAGUCCAAACGUUAGUGGAAGUCUCUCCUCAGGGCUUCAGAAGAUAUUUGAGGACCCCACUGAUGGUGACUCGCAUAAACUGAAAUCUCCAACCCAGGAAAAUCUAGAUGGAUUCUUUAGGGGCAAAACCUUGCUGUUGGUUCAGCAAGCAUCCACCCAGAGCAUGACUUAUUCAGACAAGGACGAAAGAGAGAGCAUACUGCCCAAUGGACGUAGCAUCUCCCUGAUGGACCUUCAGGACCCCCACACAACUCACAGUGAUUCCCCGUCCAUCAUGCAUGAUGUGCCUUUGCGUUUGGCUGGUAGCCAGCUCUCCAUAACGCAGGUGGCCAAUAUCAAACAGCUGCGGGAAACUCAGAGCACACCUCAGAGUGCCCCCCAAGUUAGGAGACCUCUGCACCCAGCCUUGAAUCAGCAGGGUAGUCUCCAACCCUUGUCCUUCCAGAACCCAGUUUACCAUCUUAACAACCCACCUCCACCAAUGCCAAAGGCCUCUGUGGACUCCAGCUUGGAGAACUUAAGCACUGCCAGCUCCCGGAGCCAAAGCAACAGUGAAGACUUCAAACUCAGUGGACCCAGCAACAGCAGUAUGGAGGACUUCACCAAACGCAGCACACAAAGUGACGACUUUUCCAGGCGGCACACAAUGCCAGACAAACCUGUUCCUAUUGCUCUUCCCCGCCAGAACAGCACGGGGCAGGCACAGAUACGCAAAAUGGACCAAGCUGGGCUGGGUGCCAGGGCCAAAGCACCUCAGUCCCUGCCCCAUAGUGCUUCCUUACGGAGCACAGGGAGCAUAUCGGCAGCAUCGGGUGCAAUGGCGACCGAACCAGUUCAGAAUGGGACCCAGUCCCGACAGCAGUCCUCAUCAUCCAGAGAGAGCCCUGUCCCUAAGGUGAGGGCAAUUCAGCGGCAGCAGACACAGCAGGUUCAGUCACCAGUAGACUCAGCCACAAUGUCACCAGUGGAAAGAACAGCUGCCUGGGUCCUGAAUAAUGGGCAGUAUGAAGAAGUAGAGGAGGAUACAGAACAAAAUCAAGAUGAAGCCAAGCAUGCUGAGAAGUAUGAGCAAGAGAUAGCAAAGUUGAAGGAGCGUCUGAAGGUGUCAAGCCGUCGAUUGGAGGAGUAUGAGAGGCGCCUUCUGGUGCAGGAGCAGCAAAUGCAGAAGCUACUGAUGGAAUACAAGGUGAGGCUGGAGGACAGUGAGGAGCGACUUCGCAGGCAACAGGAAGAGAAGGACAGCCAGAUGAAGAGCAUCAUCAGCAGACUCAUGGCAGUCGAAGAAGAACUGAAGAAGGAUCAUGCUGAGAUGCAAGCAGUCAUAGAUGCAAAGCAGAAAAUUAUUGAUGCGCAGGAGAAACGGAUUGUGUCCCUGGACUCAGCCAACACUCGGCUGAUGAGUGCCCUGACGCAGGUCAAGGAGCGCUACAGCAUGCAGUUCCGCAAUGGCAUCUCCCCCACCAACCCCACCAAGCUUUCCAUCACGGAGAAUGGUGAAUUCAAAAACAGCAGCUGCUAACCGGGUGGAUGCUUCUGGCCAUCUCCUCGGGGCAGAGCAGGAAGAAGCAGACUGAAGAAACCUGAAUGCAGACCCCCGUUGAUUUACAGAAUGCUGCUAAAAGAAAAACUGUCAAGUGGGGUAGAAAAGCCUACCUUUCAGACUAGGAGAAUAGGGCUCCAAGGGCCAGGGCCCUCAGGAUUGCUGUGUAUAUACGUAAGGAGCCUGUUCCAGGCCACGUGUACAGAGAACGUCGCUGUAAUAUACCAAAAGGAAGUGAAUACUGUAGAUUGUUUUUAAUUAUUGCAAUUUUUAUUAUUAUUUUCCUCUUGUUGAAAGCACUGCAGUCCUCAGAGGGGGAGGAGGGGAAUGUGUGUGUGUGGUGUGGCAGAGAAAGAAAAAACGAGAGAUGAGCAGUGGGUUAUUUUGACGCUGUACAUAUCAGGCUGACUGAUACAAGCACAUGGAGUGAAGUGAAAUACUAGUUAAAUGAAUGUAUGAGAUGUUCUGUUUUAACCCCCUCCUUCCUGGUCCUUAUUUAACCAACUUCAAACUCCACACCCAGCCUCUUGCAAGAGGGUUGGAUCCUGUUGGCUUCUGUCUGCUCUUGCUAGGAUAUGGACAAAAAGCUGUUUCAAAGUCUCUUUGAAAGCUCUAGUUAGAAACUGGAGCAAGAAGCCUGUUUCUUUACACCUACCCAAAGCCAGGCUUCCCGUCCAAGAGACAAAGGGAAUUUGCAGUUUUAAAGGUAGGAUUUUUUUUUUACCCAAAUUAUAGUAAGGUUUGACUUUUUUCCUUUUUUUUUUUUUUUAGAGUUUACGGAACUGUAAAUACUUGCGUUUUCAAACUUUGGUCCAAUUCCCAGCAUAUGUGCAGCCCAUUGUCUCAGUACAGUAGCACUCUAGAUCAGUUACCCACACUCUACUAGGAACAAUCAGGUUAGUACUCCAGGGAAAGGGCUAACCAAAGGGCAGCCAUGCCCUGUGCAAUAGAUCUGUGAACGCAGAGUGAAACUUUUCUAGUUUAUUUUUGUACCUUUUUGUCUUGUUCAAUUUCACUGUUCUAUCCACAGGGUUAUCAGACUUAGCUCCACCAAGAUGGUUUCUGCAUGUUUGCUAAUAUUUCCAUGCCCCAAUGGAAAUUGACUGUUAUUAUUUAAGUCCUGACCUUAUCCACUUUUUCUCACAAGUGAAUUUUAACUGAUUCUCAGUUUCCCCUGUAAUGUUUGGUUUGUUUCUCACACGAGCAGACUUUUACAGGAUGUACCUGAAUACCUAAAAUUAAAUAAUGAGCUCAUUGUUGGGAGGAAGAUAGUGACAUUUCACACACUGUAAAAGACCAACAGUAAGAUGCGCAGUGUUGCCAGUUCUCAUGGUUUUACCAAAUGUCUCUUUAAUAUUCGUUGAGUCUCAUAAAGCCCCAGCUUCUGGAGUCAAGUGAUGUAUGAGAAUCUCUCCCCUUCCACUUUAUAAAAAAAAAUGUUAAGUUGCUGGCUCUUGUUAGUGUUGAAAAGCAUGAGAAUGUGAACCUUAAAGGUUUAAAUCAGGAAGCAAAUAAAGAGAAUCCAAAGCUAGUUCAAAUUAGAAAUAGAGGCAAAUACUUUUUUAACAGGGACUAUUAGAACAAACCCAAGGAAUGAUAGGCAGUGCCAUGCAUUGAUGUCUUCAGGUCAACACUAAAUGCCUUUCUGGAAUAUAUGCAUCAAAUUUGCUUUCCUGAUUUACAGAUAUGCUUUAAUCAAAUCAAAGGUAGUGGGGCUCAGUGCAGAUGGUAACUGGGUGGUGGCCUGUUACAAAGAGGUCAGGCUAGAUGAUCUCAAAUCAUUUCUUCUUGCCUAUAAACUCUGAUGGCAC